GAAAUCUUUGGCCCUGAUCUCUGGUUUCUGGUAAACGGAGGCUGAAAGGUCAAUCAUUAACGCUGCUUAUGAACUUAGCAACUUGUUUUGCAGCCGUUUAUUUCUGAAAUCGAACAGCUGAGGAGGAAAAGAGCGACGGAGAAGAUGAAGAUGAUUAUCCUGGCUUUUUCCAUUUGUACCUGGCAGGUGGUCUUGGGUCACACAUCGUGUACUAAGCCGUUUGUGCCCAACGCCAAACCUCUAGACGACUUAUUAGAAUACUAUCCUGAUGGAGGCUUUCUGAAAUAUCUAUGUGACAGCGGUUAUGAGUUCGUAGACACGCAUUACGCUCUGUGUGAAAACGGGAAUUGGAACCUGCCAGUCUGUAAACUUAAAACGUCGUGCACUUCCCCGCUUGUCCCGAAUGCUGAUUUGGCAGAGGAGUUUAUGGCAGCGAUCUACCCCACGGGAAGCUCUGUUCCAUUCGUGUGUGACAGAGGCUACGGGUUUGAAGGAACAAAAUACGCACAGUGUGUAAGUGGAAGUUGGAAGCUGCCUGUGUGUAAAAUUCUAGAUGAAGUGACGUGUGCUGCCCCCUAUGUGCCAAACGCCCAACCUGCACAUGCGUUAAAAAAAUCCUAUUCUUCCGGAGACACUGUUAGAUUCGUAUGCAACAGUUGCUACGGGUUUAAAGGAACCGAUUCUGCGCAGUGUGAAGAUGGAGUCUGGAGGCUGCCCGUGUGUAAAGCCUUGGGAGUGACCUGCAUCAACAGCUGAACCUGAAAGAGCUCCUGCUGCCCAUCAGAAAUCUUCCUUCUCACCUGUUUUAUUCCUGAGUUAUAAUUCAGCAGUUGGAGUUUAGUAGUUACAGUGAAGCUUAAAGAAGCAUCUACACACUGUAUACAUCUCAUUUCAAUAUUAUUAAAUAUAAAGAAAAAUGAAUAAAGUUUAUGAUCAAAUGAUGAUA